AGGAAAUCCCAUCGGCUCGCACGCCAUGAUGCCCGACACACCUCAGUCGUGCACCUUCCCCAACGUUCCAGGAGCCAAGAAGCACGUCCUGGGCCAGAAGGUCGUGGCCUGGACGUGCGAACAAGCCAAUGCCACUUGGAGCACGGGUGAACUGGUGCUGCUCAGGACCUGUGGGGAUAACUUGUCAGCGCUCCCGUCCUGCGUCCCCAUUCCACCGACAUCCGGGGAAAUCAAACCAUGCACCGACGCCCCUCCUGUACCCACUAACGCCGUGCUAAAGUACCAGUUUGGGCACAACGGCUCCUACGGCAGGUACUACGAGUGCAAGGAGAAAUCAGGCUGGAUGUUUGGCAUGGCGGGGCGACUGACACAAUGCCUGACGGGGAAGUGGACGCCUAUUCACGACAUGUGCGACGAAGAUUGCAAAGUGCCUCAGAACUGCAACCAGCUGUUCGAACUUGGCUUCGUGGAGUCCGGCACGUACCGGGUCGUUCCCACAGGCAUUGAAGGAGACCCUGUCACUCCGGUCUGGUGCGACUUCGGCGACUCGGCUUCGAAGCUCCACGACUCUCCCUCAGCGAACAGCGUGGUCAAGGAUCCCUCUGUCUCAGCUGCAUAACUGUUGCCCACAAACUACAGGAUAUCGAAGAGAG